AUGGCGUUCCAGUCCCAGCCCUCAUCGCCAUUCACGCCUUCGUCGGCGCCGUCGUCGGCGGCCUCGUCGCCCUUGCCCUACCCGUCGGCGGCGGGACUGGGCCGCGCCCAACUGGGCGAGGGCGGGCUCACGGGGAGCGGCGAGGUGGUGCUGGGCAUGGAGGCCCUGGCCGUGGGCAGUCAGCCCGAUCGCGGCAUGUCCGAGGAGGAGAAGGAGAAGUUCGUCGUCAACGUCAUGCAGGAGCUACAGAAGCGCCGGAUGGUCAUGGAGGCCAUCGAAUGGUUGCGGGCCAACUACCGGGUGGGGACGAACGGCUUCACGUCGAAGCGGGACGUCUUCAACCACUUCAUGCGGGUGUGCAAGAACAAGGGCGUGGAGCCCAAGAUCUCGCACACGUUCUUCGGCAAGAUCGUCAAACGAGCAAGUACUGAUCAGCAACCGAUCACCAGGGCAUUCCCGAACAUCAAAUACAACCGAAAGGGACCACGCGGAGCCACACAACAUCCAAUCCACUCCUCCCCCGAGGCGCAGCAGAGGAGCAGGAAAGGAAAGAGGACAUCAUCAUCAUCUGGCAUGCCCAUAGAGAUUUCACACGGCAACCAUCCUGAUCACUCUUUCUCUUCCGCGCAUCGCGGUCAUGGACGCGCUCAUUCGCCGCCGCACCCGCAACCCGGCAUGCACAGCUCGCUCGGCUCGUCCUCCUCCUCCCUCUCGACGUCGCCCACCUCGACGGCCUCCUCGCCCUUCACCAUCCCGCCGGGCAUGCAGUUCGCCGCGGCCCCGCCGGGCGCAGGGCAGGCCACGCUCUCGGCGCCCAUCUCGGGCUCGCCCGGGUCGUCCUAUGUCAUCUUCUCGCUGCCACAAGUGGCCGCCCCGUGCCCCUGCUCGCACUCCACUCCCCGGGUCGACCUCGACAUCGACGUCUCCGACCAAGAGCGUGGAGGAGACAGGCUCCUUCUGACGAUCCUCCGGAUAAAGAAGCAGCGAAGCUAUCGGGUGUUCAACUUCUUCAUCUAUCCAGCCACCGGCGCCCUCUUCUCCUUUGCGCUGGCGGCAGUCAUCGUGUACAUUGACGUCGCGUUCUUCCAAAGUGUGUGCCAGCGACCGCUGAAGCUGUGGCUGUUGGUCGCAGCCAUUGCCCUGUUCAUACACGGCUUCGUGUUUUCCUUCCAGCUGCCGUAUGGCAUCUACAAGAUCACCAAGCCACCACGAAACUCGUGGGAGGUGUGGGCCAAGCCGAAAUGGCGAAAGCGGCUGAUGGUCCUGGGCAACAUGAUCGCCUUUGUGGGCUCCUUCUUCUGGAUCGUCUAUUGUUCGUGGGGCGUCCUCUGGCUCUACUCCGACUACAAGUGUCCACCGGAACUGCGGUGGGCGACAGUGGGGCUGGUCUCGUUGCUCGGCUCGGCCAAUGCGUUUGUCAUCCUGCCGUACUUCUGCUGGCUCAAGCGAGGCGUCUUCCCAUGCUUUGCAGCGUGCUUCUUCUGCUGCCGUCGCAGCGACAAUGGGGCAGUGCACGACAGCUACCAGGCCCUCCCAGUGUUCGAAUAG